CGCCAUGCCCGAGCAGCUCAGCGUCGCCGAGUUCCUGGCCGUCACCGCGGAGGACCUCAGCUCCCCGGCGGGGGCCGCCGCCUUCGCCGCCAAGAUGUCCCGGUGCCGGGGGGCGGCACUGGCGCGAGAGGAGAUCCUAGAAGGAGACCAGGCCAUCCUGCAGAGAAUAAAGAAGGCUGUGCGGGUGAUCCAUAGCUCCGGCCUUGGCCAUGUGGAGAACGAGGAACAGUACCGAGAGGCCGUGGAGUCCUUAGGCAAUAGCCACCUGUCCCAAAACAGUCAUGAGCUGUCCACUGGCUUCCUGAACUUGGCCGUGUUCACCCGCGAGGUGGCUGCACUCUUCAAGAACCUGGUUCAGAACCUGAACAACAUCGUCUCUUUCCCCCUGGACAGUCUCUUGAAGGGGCAACUGAGGGAUGGGCGACAGGAUUCCAAAAAGCAGCUGGAGAAAGCAUGGAAGGACUACGAAGCCAAAAUAGCCAGGCUGGAGAAGGAGAGGGACCGGGCCAGGAUGACAGGAGGGAGCCCAGGGGAGGUGGCCCAGGACACACAGAGAGAGCGGCGAGUCUUCCAGCUGCACAUGUGUGAGUAUCUGCUCAAAGCCGGGGAGAGCCAGAUGAAGCAAGGGCCUGGUUUCCUGCAGAGCCUCAUCAAGUUCUUCCACGCCCAGCACAACUUUUUCCAAGAUGGCUGGAAGGCUGCUCAGAGCCUGUCCCCCUUCAUUGAGAAGCUGGCAGCCUCAGUACAUGCACUGCAUCAGGCCCAGGAAGAGGAGCUGCAGAAGCUGACCCAGCUCCGGGACUCCCUCAGAGGGACGCUUCAGCUUGAAAGCAGAGAGGAGAAUCUGAGCCGGAAGAACUCAGGUGGCGGCUACAGCAUCCACCAGCACCAAGGCAACAAGCAGUUUGGGACGGAGAAGGUGGGCUUUCUGUACAAGAAAAGUGAUGGAAUUCGAAGAGUCUGGCAGAAAAGGAAGUGUGGAGUCAAGUAUGGCUGCCUGACCAUCUCACACAGCAUGAUUAGGAAGCAGAGGCCUAAGAGUUUGGGAGGUCCAGAGGGUAACAUGUAUAUCCUCCACCCCAACUUCGCACAGAUAAACCGGCCCCCAGUGAAGCUGACCCUGCUGACGUGCCAAGUGAGGCCAAACCCCGAGGAGAAAAAAUGCUUUGACCUGGUGACCCACAACAGAACAUACCACUUCCAGGCGGAAGAUGAACAUGAGUGUGAAGCGUGGGUGUCAGUGCUGCAGAACAGCAAGGACGAAGCCUUGAGCAGCGCCUUCCUCGGGGAGCCCAGCGGCAGCCCAGUGCCGUGGGGGUGCACCGGGCUGGACGGGGAGCCUCAGGAUGUCACCAAGCUGCUCAUCUCCGAGGUGAAGAGCAGGCCCGGGAACCGCCAGUGCUGCGACUGCGGGGCUGCAGACCCCACGUGGCUCAGCACCAACCUGGGCGUGCUCACCUGCAUCCAGUGCUCUGGCGUCCACCGCGAGCUGGGCGUGCGCUUCUCGCGCAUUCAGUCCCUCACCUUGGACCUGCUGGGCCCCUCCGAGUUAUUGCUGGCCUUGAAUAUCGGAAACGCGCGCUUCAAUGAGGUCAUGGAGGCCCAGCUGCCCUCACACGGAGGCCCUAAACCCUCAGCUGAGAGUGACAUGAGCGGCCGCAGGGACUAUAUCGUGGCCAAGUAUGUGGAACACAGGUUUGCCCGGCGGUCCACUCUGGAGCCUCAGAGACUCUGGACGGCCAUUUGCAACCGAGACCUCCUGUCGGUUCUGGAGGCGUUUGCUAAUGGGCAGGACUUCAGACAGCCGCUGUCAGGGCCGGAUGGGCAGGCACCUGGAGAGCUCGCCUUGCACUUGGCCAUCAGAGUCGCCAACCAAGCCUCCCUGCCCCUCGUGGAUUUCAUCAUCCAGAAUGGCGGUCACCUGGAUGCCAAGGCUGCUGAUGGGAACAGCGCUGUGCACUACGCUGCUCUCCACAACCAGCCCGACUGCCUCAAGCUGCUGCUGAAAGGGAGAGCUUCAGUUGGCACAGUGAAUGAGGCAGGAGAAACAGCUCUGGACAUAGCCAGGAAGAAGCAACACAAGGAGUGUGAGGAACUGCUAGAGCAGGCCCAGGCUGGGGCCCUGGCCUUCCCUCUACAUGUGGACUACUCUUGGGGAAUUUCCACAGAGCCUGCCUCUGACAGUGAAGAGGAUGAGGACGAGAAGCAGCGCUGCCCUCUGAAGCCCCCAGCCCAGGUCCGCUGGGCCAGUGGGAGGAUGGACAUCAGCAAUAAGACCUACGAGACUGUUACCAGCCUGGAACCAGCUGCUUCUCAGACCCAGAGUGAGGAUUGCCCCCCACCCUUGCCGGUCAAAAACCCUUCUCGGACCAUGGUCCAAGAGCGUGCAGGACAUACCAGGGGAGAUCGUUCUGAAGUCCCCGGCCUGAGCUCCGAGCCUCCUGAGGUCCCUGAGAACCCGGGCAGUCCAGCCUCCUCCUCCAGCCUCACAAGCCCUGUGGAACUUGCGGGUGCCAACCAGUCCCCUCACAGCUCUGAAGAGGGCCUCUGGGAGCCCCCGGGCACCUCCCGACCCAGCCUGACAUCUGGAACCACCCCUGCAGAGCCGUAUCUCCCCGUCAGGUUCAGGGGCUCGCUGGGCACAGAAGUCACGUUGGCCUUUCCCUGCCUUCCAGCUCCGAGAGUACUCGCUCCUAUCGGCGGGGGGGCCGGAGCCUGGAAGACUGUCCCUCAGCCAGGCAACCUCUACCCAGAAGGAACAUGCAGGGACCAGGGAGCCCUAUGGCUGGAUCUGAGUACUCCUGAGCUAGCUUCAGCUGCAGAACCCUCAAACCCUCAUCAGACCAAGACUAUGUUUCUUCCAUCAGUCUGGGGGCUCCUCAAGAGUAGGACCAGCCUGCCUUCAUCAUUCUCCACGUCCAGACCAGGGGUACUGCAAGACUAGGGACUGUCUUCUUGGCUAUUCAUGUGUCUAGUAUUCCUUUGCUGAGUUCUGGCUCUAUGUACAGAGUUGUGCUAGGCACUGCAGUUGCCACAUGAAUACGUCAAGGGCCCUGCAGAUGUGGACCCUUGCUAGGAAGCUCAUCCCCAGGGUUAGAUUUGGGCAUGGGCAGGGUGGAUGGUUCUGAGGUCAAGGGCAGACAGACAAUCAGCUGGUUUAUACCCAUAUGACAUUGCAGUUGUCUACAGCCCGUAUCCAUUUAUUUGGUCAAUACCCAUGCUGUACUGGCUGUUAACUAAAUAUUCCGAGUAUCACUUCUUUUGAAGGACAGCACUGCCUUCCUGGGGACCUCUACUAUAUUUCCCAGCCAGAAAGCAGAGCAAGACUCACCCCUCCUCCAUUGCCCACUCUCCUUAGUUAGCAGGAAGGAAAGGAAUGGUCGUGAUGAUAGAUCCUCACUUCUCACCUCUUUUUCUUGGUCAACUCAGGAGCCUUCCAGUCUCGGGGGAGGAAAGGGCCAAGAAAGGAGAAAGAGUGAUAGAAAUGAGAGGGUUCUGCCUCCCAGUACCAGAAGUUCCACCCUGGCUUUCAGCCCUCUAUUAGAAAACAGAUCCACCUAAGACAUCAUCGGUCUCUAACACCUCAGCUUUAUAGUCGAUGAAUACUGGGCUCUGGGCCCUGGCAGGGAUGGAGCAGGCCAAACAGGGGAGGGUACCAAUGGCCAACACAGCAGCCUUGCUCAGAGGCUGAGCUAUUUACCCUGGAGACCUGACUGUUCUGUGAUCCCACAAAAACAAGGUUGUCUUUUUUGAGCCCCAGUGUCCGGUUUUGUUCAUCUCAGAAUCAUUCUUUCACUCAUCUCUAAUAAAAGAUUUUUUUUUUUUUUUUUGGAAAUUCUAGUGGUUUUAUAUAUGUGAUCUGAAGAACAACAGAGAGAGGGAGAGAAUCUUAGGGCUUGGAAUUCUUUCUCUGGACCCUAUAAUGAGACAGCCUGGUGUAGAGCAGUGGUUUGCAACCAGGGGCAAUAUUGCCCAAAGGGACAUUUGGCAAUGCAGAAACUUUCUUAUUGUUCCCAACAGGAAGGUGCAACUGGCGACUAGCGGCUUCAAGUUGUCCCACUGAGAGUGAAAAAAUCGGUGUCUUUACCACCGACUCUGGUCUCUCGUUGGUUGGGAGGGUGCAUCUGGGGGUAUCAGGCACUUCCAGCCUGCCCCAAAACCCUCAGUCAGACAGAUGCAGGAAGAUGUCAGGGGCAUGUCUGGGAAUUGCCUGCAGGUGACCUCCAGGGAGAACAGGCAGGCAGAGGGGAUAUGGUAGGUACCCAUAGUGUCUGAUAUGGUUGAGCAGUGCAACCCUGGGCCUCUCUGGGCCUCAGUCUUCCCAUUAGUACAAUGAAGGGGUUGGACUUGUUUUCUUAGAGUCCUUUGAGCCCUGGUGAUAUAGGAGUCUUGGCUUCUUUUGUUGUCAUACAACUGUGGGACUGGGUGGAGUUUGAGAAAAGUCACAUUUUUAAAAAAGGCAAUCCUAAGUAACUGCAGGCAACUGUGUCUUCAACCUAGAGGGGCUUGCUUGGGGGUUGGUCAUAUGACCCAGAUCCAAAACUAUUAAAGCCUAACCUCCUAAAAGCAGCCUACAAAUGCUUUGUGUGGUCAGGCCCCACCCACUUCUGAUUUUCGACCUUGUUUCUCCCCACACUCCUCUCAUCUCUGUGUAGCAGCCACACUGAUUUUUCAUCUCCUCCAACCCUGACAAGCCAAGCACCCUCCCAUCCCUAAGCUUUACACAUUCCGAACUCCAGGAGGACUGUGUUGAUUCUCUCUGGAUGCCCAGGGCUAGAACUGCCUGGCACAUAGUAG